UCCAUUUCCUUGAUCGCGCGACAGCUUGGCGACUCCAAUUCUAACAGUGAGCCAGGCACAUCAAUCUACGACCCGCACAUCCAAAAUGGCCGCCGCAAACAGAUCUUUCGAUAUUGACGGUGUCCAUCUGAAGAAGCACCUGUCGAAGGGCGUGGAGUUGAAUGGACAUGCUGCUGAGGAGAACAGGUAUGCAGACGCCUCCAGUGCGCUCGAGGCCUUGGCGCUAUACAAGCAGAAGGACGGCAUCUCGGUCGAGCAGCUGUUGGACGAGACGAAGCAGGGUGGCCUUACAUACAAUGACUUCCUCAUCCUUCCAGGAUAUAUUGGCUUCCCUGCGAGCCAGGUCGACCUCACGAGCAAGCUCACGCGUAAAAUCACGCUGAAGACGCCUUUCACAUCUUCUCCCAUGGACACCGUGACCGAAGACAACAUGGCAAUCCACAUGGCUCUUCUUGGCGGCGUAGGCGUCAUCCACCACAACUGCAGUAUCGAAGACCAGGCAGCAAUGGUCAGGAAGGUCAAGCGAUAUGAAAACGGCUUUAUUACCGACCCAGUUGUCAUUUCGCCUUCCACCACUGUAGGCGAGGCCGUGGCAUUGAAGGAAAAGUGGGGAUUUGGUGGCUUCCCAGUCACUGAGAACGGGAAACUUCGCAGCAAGCUCCUCGGAAUCGUCACCCCACGAGACACUCAAUUCCACUCCGACUACGAUGCGCCAGUCACCGAAAUCAUGUCCACAGACCUUGUCACUGCCUCGGAAGGCGUUAGCCUUUCUGAAGCCAACAACAUUCUCAGCAAGAGCAAGAAAGGGAAGCUGCCAAUCGUCGAUGGCUCCAACAACCUCAUUUCACUUCUGAGCCGAAGCGAUUUGAUGAAGAACCUCAACUAUCCGCUCGCCACAAAGGUGCCAGGUACCAAGCAACUGCUUUCUGCUGCGGCAGUUGGAACCCGCCCAGUCGACAAGGAGCGCAUUGCCGCUCUCGUGGAAGCCGGCCUUGACGUCGUCAUCCUCGACUCCAGCCAGGGUAACUCCAUGUAUCAGAUCGAGAUGAUUCGGUGGAUUAAGAAGAACUUCCCGGACUUGCAGGUCAUCGGUGGAAAUGUGGUCACUCGCGACCAGGCCGCUUCGCUGAUUGCAGCUGGCGUUGAUGGUUUGAGAAUCGGCAUGGGAGCAGGGAGCGCAUGUAUCACACAGGAAGUCAUGGCUGUUGGACGACCCCAGGCAACUGCUGUAUACCGCGUCACCGAGUUCGCCGCUCGCUUCGGCGUGCCAUGCAUUGCCGACGGCGGCAUCCAGAAUGUUGGACACAUCGUCAAGGCCAUCGCUCUCGGAGCGAGCACGAUCAUGAUGGGUGGUCUUUUGGCAGCCACAACCGAGUCACCCGGUGCAUACGUUGUCGGACCAGACGGUCAGCUGCGCAAGACCUACCGAGGCAUGGGCUCCAUCGAUGCAAUGGAAGAUAAGAAGGCCGGUGGUGUCGGAGACAAGGCCAAUAACACUGCCAAGAACGCUGGAACUGCACGCUACUUCUCGGAAGGAGACAAGGUCCUCGUGGCCCAGGGUGUCUCCGGGGCAGUGCUUGAUCGCGGCUCCGUCACCAAGUUCGUACCAUACCUCAUGGCAGGUGUUCAGCACUCUCUGCAAGAUGCUGGAGUUCUGAGCGUCCAAGCUCUGCGGGAGGGUGUCCGAGCCGGCGAUGUGAGAUUCGAGUUCCGCACAGCUUCUGCACAGGCUGAAGGCAAUGUGCAUGGCAUGGUCGGUGUUGAGAAGAAGCUGUACUCAUAAUUGCUUCUUCGUAGGCACAAAGGCUGUGAUGCGGCAAGGCAAGUCGUGCUGUUUUUGAGGGGUCCAGAAAACGGAGUUGGCUGCUUGCAUUGGGACGAUAUCAAAUGAUUUAUGUACGAUGAAAAGAAUAUCAUAUUGGAGCCACGCUCCUCCCUCUUUCG